AUGCGUCAUGAACCUAUUUGUGUCGUUACUGACCAAGAUCCAGCUAUCAAGAUUGCAGUUGCUCGUGUGUUUGGUACAUCAAAACAUAGAUUCUGCAUGUGGCAUAUAAUGUGCAAGGUUGGCGAGAAGGUUGGACCGGUUUUAGCUAAGGACGAGGUGUUUAGGAGGAAGUUGAAUGGCAUUGUUUGGAACAAAUUUAUAGAUUCCAAAACUUUUGAGGAUUUAUGGAGUCGUAUUAUAGAGGAAUAUGGUUUGGGUGAUAAUGGUUGGUUUCGUUACUUGUUUGAGUCUCGUACAUUUUGGGCAUCUCCAUACUUUCAUGAUGAGUUUAUGUCGGGAUUUGUUAGGACAACAUCUCGAUCAGAGUCUCAAAAUAGUUUUUUUGGCAGUUUCUCCAAUGGUCAUUCCAGUUUGGUUGAGUUUUUGGUGCAUUUUGAUAGUGCUAUUAGUGCACAACGACAUGCCCAAGCAAAAUUGACUGCUGACUCUGAAUCAUGCUUUCCUGUUUUGAAGACUCCAUUGGCGCUGGAGAAACAUGCAAUGGAUGUCUAUACCAUUUCUGUAUUUUAUGAUGUGCAAGUAGAGAUUUGUGAAGGUUGUUUUUCUUGUCGAGUGGUGUCUUUGUGUGAGUGCGAGGGUAAGGUGUGCUAUGGGAUAAAAGAUGGUGACAAGAAGGCAUGGUCUGUGGAGUUUUUGUUGGCUGACUGUAGUGCUAUAUGUUCAUGCAAGAUGUUUGAGCGGAUGGGGUUGGUGUGUAGGCAUAUUUUUUUUGUGUUUAAAGAUCAUGGACUUGAGAGAAUUCCUUCUAUGUAUUUGGUGUCUCGGUGGACAAAAGGUGCUAGUUUGAAGCCAAUAUUUGAUAUUGAUGAUACGGUUGUUGACCAAUCGGCUAAAGUGGACAAUGUUAGGGUGCUUACUAAUCUAAUGUGGUCUGAAAUUUAUGCUUGCGUGGGAUUGGCUGAUGGUAAUGUAGAACGGUUGGAAAAACUAAGACGUGGGUCAACAGUGGAGGUGCGUGAUCCAAUUAAAGCUAAGAACAAGGGCGGCGGGAAGCGGAUGAAGAGUGCAAGGGAGAAAGCUGUGAAUAAGUGCGUAAAGCAAUCAAGGAAAUGCCAUACUUGUGAUGAAUAUGGCCAUAAUAGUAGGACGUGCCCAUUAAAUGGCUAG